AUGGAGCUGGUGCUCUGCGCUGUGGUGCCUGCGUGGCUUUUUGGCGUGGGGUGGAGAGCGGCGGGGACGGAGGAAGUUGGCCGGGAAGCACCCGCGCUUGGCCCUGAGCCCAGCAGCCGGGACGCCGGCCGCCCUGCCGAGGGACAUGGCCGCGGAGCCCGCACCAGGGCUCUCGGACGGCACCCGUCUGACAGCAAGGGCCAGUGGCUGAGGCUUUAUAUGCUGAACAUGACGCCAUACGGUCUGGACUACGCCUUGGCCUGCCUCUGGAGCAGGGAGCAAGUUUUGGUCCUCAGGGUAAUAGUCCAUGAUGUGAAUGAGCUGACAGAAAAGCUGUUUCCAAUCGUUGAAGCCAUGCAGAAACACUUCAGCGCUGGAUCAGGGACCUACUACAGCGACUCGAUCUUCUUCUUGUCAGUUGCAAUGCAUCGCAUCAUGCCCAAAGAAAUAACACAGAUCAUCCAGGUAGACUUGGACCUGAAGUACAAGACCAACAUCCGAGACCUGUUUGAUGAGUUUGACAACUUCCCAGAGGGAGCAGUCAUCGGGAUUGCCAGGGAAAUGCAGCCAGUGUACAGGCACACGUUCUGGCAGUAUCGCCGCGAGAACCCCCAAACCAAAGUGGGGGACCCCCCUCCUGAUGGGCUGCCCGGCUUCAACAGUGGCGUCCUGCUCCUGAACCUGGAAGCCAUGAGGCAGUCCAAGCUCUACAACCAGCUGCUGGAGCCCACCGUGGUGCAGAAGCUGACAGAGAAGUACCACUUCAAGGGCCACCUCGGGGACCAGGAUUUCUUCACCAUGGUGGGGAUGGAGCACCCAGAGCUCUUCCAUGUGCUUGACUGCACAUGGAACCGGCAGCUUUGCACGUGGUGGAGGGACCAUGGAUACAGCGACGUGUUCGACCAGUACUUCCAGUGCGAGGGUGAGGUCAAAAUUUACCACGGGAACUGCAACACCCCGAUCCCUGAAGACUAGGGCACCCGUCGCCCCCGGGAGCAGCUCUGACUGCAGCAAGCCCUGCAAAGCCAUAGUGGCUGCACCAGCAGUCCCUCAGGAAGGGUGGCCAGCCCUGAUCCUUUGUAUCCCAGGCGGAUCCCUAGGGAUCCCAGGGGCGUUCAGUAUCCCAUUGCCUGUAGCCUCACCCCUCCAGGAGGAAGUGCAGUCCGGUAGUUGGAGCAGGACAUCCACGGUCACCAUGCCUGGGCUCAGCUCCUGGCUCUGCUUGGGGCAAGUCCGUGGUACCUGUCUGUGCCACAGCCACUGGGACAUGGGGACAGCCAAGGGGCCAUCAGGUGACCGCUGCUUUUGCACAUGGCAGGGUGCUGCUCCCUGGGUGCUGUGCAGCCUUGCCUUGUCUAAUGAUCGGCAGGAGUCCACAGCCGGGCAGUUGGGUUUCAUUUUGGCACUCCUUGGUGGCCCAUUUCUGCAACUCACGCAGACCGUCCGUCUGGUCCCUCUGGAGAGCAGAUGCUGUCCUCAGGUCAUCCUUUUGAAGCAUUCCAGAAAGGUGAGAGGGUUUUAAAGACUGAAAAGCUGCUUUAAAUUGGGUUACUUACAAACAAAAAUUGAAUGCUAGAUGUGCUUUAAAGCCUUCUGUUGGUUCUUCUUAGCAACAAAAGUUUUACUGCCCUAUCUUGUCUUGGAAGUGUUCGGUGAGCGUGUACCAAUAGGUUCGUUUUUCUAGCUUUGCCUUUAACCUUUUGUACGAGAAUAAAGCUGCAGAUGUGAAACA